UGGUGCCCAAGGGGCUUUUGAAUUUGCCAGCCUUGCUUGGAGGAAAAGUUGGAACAGAAUCCCAGGGGCUGCUGCCGCCAUAAAACCUGCUGCAAGGAAGAAGCGGAUGAAGUUAGAAGAGGAACCAUCCACCCACCUCAAGAGAGAAGAGGAACCAUCCACCCACCUCAAGAGAGAAGAGGAACCAUCCACCCACCUCAAGAGAGAAGAGGAACCAUCCACCCACCUCAAGAGAGAAGAGGAACCAUCCACCCACCUCAAGAGAGAAGAGGAACCAUCCACCCACCUCAAGAGAGAAGAGGAACCAUCCACCCACCUCAAGAGAGAAGAGGAACCAUCCACCCACCUCAAGAGAGAAGAGGAACCAUCCACCCACCUCAAGAGAGAAGAGGAACCAUCCACCCACCUCAAGAGAGAAGAGGAACCAUCCACCCACCCCAAGAGAGAAGAGGAACCAUCCACCCACCCCAAGAGAGAAGAGGAACCAUCCACCCACCCCAAGAGAGAAGAGGAACCAUCCACCCACCCCAAGAGAGAAGAGGAACCAUCCACCCACCCCAAGAGAGAAGAGGAACCAUCCACCCACCCCAAGAGAGAAGAGGAACCAUCCACCCACCCCAAGAGAGAAGAGGAACCAUCCACCCACCCCAAGAGAGAAGAGGAACCAUCCACCCACCCCAAGAGAGAAGAGGAACCAUCCACCCACCCCAAGAGAGAAGAGGAACCAUCCACCCACCCCAAGAGAGAAGAGGAACCAUCCACCCACCCCAAGAGAGAAGAGGAACCAUCCACCCACCCCAAGAGAGAAGAGGAACCAUCCACCCACCUCAAGAGAGAAGAGGAACCAUCCACCCACCUCAAGAGAGAAGAGGAACCAUCCACCCACCUCAAGAGAGAAGAGGAACCAUCCACCCACCUCAAGAGAGAAGAGGAACCAUCCACCCACCUCAAGAGAGAAGAGGAACCAUCCACCCACCUCAAGGGAGAAGAGGAAUGGCCUGUCCAUAUCAAGCCUGAAGAGGAGCCAUCUGCCCAGCUCAAGCUUGAAGGGGUACAGUCUGCUCAUCACAACCUAGACAAAGAACUCCCUGUCCAGGUCAAGCUAGAAGAUGAGCCUUACAUCCAGGUCAAACUAGAAGAGGAAGAUGAGUCCUAUAUCCAGAUCAAACUAGAAGAUACACCUUACAUCCCAGAUCUUCAGAACUCUGGGGAAGAGACAAAGCUAAUAUUUUACAAAGGGAACAACACUUCACUGGAUUCCCUAGUAGCUGUGAAUUUUGAAGAGAAUCUUCAGUGGGGAGGAACAGAGCCAGUGAUACCUCACCGGGCUUUACUGGAUAACACAUUCACAGAUCUUGGCAAUCGAGGCACUGACCAUAUAUCCAAGAGGGAGCAGGAGAAGCCGCCGGCAAAGCAAAGAAGGGAGUCUCUGAAAAACAGCUCAGCAUGUGGCAAAACCAUACUACCCACUAGAGAAAAACAUCACAUGUGCACCGAUUGUGGGAAAACUUUCCAACGGAGGUCUAAAUUAAUUAGACACCAGCGAGUCCACACAGGAGAAAAACCAUACGAAUGUGCCGAGUGUAAGAAAAGGUUCCAGCGAAAGGAUCACCGUCUGGCACAUCAGAAGAUCCACAUGGAAGUGAAUCCCAGUAAAUGCCCAGAUUGUGGGAAAGCCUACACAAAAGCAGAAUUGCUUAUCGCCAAUCGGGAAAUUCAAACGGCAGAGAGUCCCUAUUGCUGUUCUACCUGUGGAAAAGGCUUAAUGCAAAAUAAAUCUCUUGAGGUGCAUCAGAGAAAUCAUAGUGGUGGGAGAUCAAAUUUGUGUCCUGAGUGUGGAAGAACUUUCUGUAAUGCAAAGGCAAUGAAGAGACACCAGAGAACCCACACAGAAGAGAAACCCUAUCAAUGCCCAGAAUGUGGGAAGAGCUUCCGAUGGAAGGGCAGCUUCCGUUUGCAUCAAGGGACACACACAAGAGAAGGACCUUAUGUUUGCGCUGUUUGUGGGCAAGGUUUCCUCCAAAAGGGACUAUAUGUGUCACACCAACGAAUUCAUACUGGAGAGAAACCCUUUGUGUGUCCCAAGUGUGGAAUAAGUUUCCGUGAAAAAAGGUCAUUAAACAGACACCAAAAAACCCACACAGCAGAGAUAUUCUAUGCAUGCUCCGAGUGUAAGAAGGUCUUUGUGGAAAAGAAAUCGUUCCUUACACACCAGAGAAUCCACACAGGAGAGAGACCCUAUGAGUGUCCUGACUGUGGAAGAAACUUCUGUGAUCAACAGACGUUGAACAGACACAAGAGAAUCCACAAUGAAGAGAAACAGCAUGCAUGCCUAGAGUGUGGGAAAAAGUUCAGACGGAAAGAACAUCUUCUCACACAUAUGAGAACUCACACUAGAGAGAGACCACAUAAAUGUUCUCAGUGUGGAAGAACCUUCAGAGAAAGAGGUGCAUUAAAUGUCCACCUAAGAAUCCACUCUGGAGAGAAACCCUAUCCAUGUCCAGUGUGUGGGAAAAGCUUUGCAUGGAAGGGACUUCUUCUGUCACAUCAGAGAACUCACACCCAAGAGAAGCCUUAUGAGUGUUCAGAAUGUGGGAAAAACUUUCGACGGAAGACCCAUCUUCUGUCACAUCAGAGAAUCCAUACUGGAGAGAAACCUUUUCAAUGCCCACUCUGUGGGAAAAUCUAUCGGUGGGAGAAAGACUUUUGGUCACAUCAGAGAAUCCACAAUGAAAAAGGGCCUUACGGAUGUCUGGAGUGUGGAAAAUGUUUUCACCAAAAGAGGCUACUUGUUUCACACCAAAAAACUCAUACUCAAGAGAAACCCUUUGCAUGUGCUGAGUGUGCAAGAACCUUUUGUAACAGAAAAACACUGAAUAGACAUCAGAUAAUCCACACAGGAGAGAAGCCCUAUGAAUGCCUUGAUUGUGGGAAACACUUCUCACAAAAAUAUACACUUGUUGUGCAUAACAGGAUACAUAGCGGAGAGAAACCCUAUAAAUGUCCUGAGUGUGGAAAAAGAUUUCGAGUAGGGGGGGCAUUGAUUUCACACCAGAGACUCCACAAAGAAAAGAAACGUUAUGAAAACUCAGGAUGUGUUAACCAAAUUCUGGAUACGCACCAGAGAAUCCACACAGAAGAAACCCAGACGAGUGACUCAAGGAUGGAAGAACCUUCCAAAAAGGAUAAGCAAUUACUAGAGUCACAGCGCCAACAUGUAGAGGAAAGCUUCUGUUAGGGGGCAAAGACAGUGAAGGGAUGAAGAGAUGAUCAAAAAUCAGAAACAGGAAGGAAAUCUUACAAGGGUCUUUGGGAUAGGGAAAGCACUGGCUAGUAAUCAAAACUGAGCAAGCAAGUGUGAACUCUCUGGGCCUCUUUCAUUCUUUCAAAAUAUAGGUUUUAUAUUUUGAGAUUAGUUUUGUCAUUUCUGCAUUUUUACAACUUUUGAUGUGCAUUCUCUCUCUCUAACUCUUUUUUUGAGUGUGUGAGCUUUAGUGAGAACCAAUUUGACCAGAAUGUGAGACCAAACAUUUUACCAAUAAAGUAAAUAGAUAGACAUAA